AUGCCAAGGGCCACACGGACCAGAUCUUGGUGUCCGUCCCGGAAGAGCAGUCCGAUGCCCAAGGUCACAGCCCCGUCUCCUCACUGGGCACCGGGCAGGGGUCCGUCAGACCGCUGGUCACGGAGCGGGAGGAGAUGGACGCCUAACCCAAAUCGGGGUCACUGCCCAACAGGGGCCGACAGUGCAUCUCUGCCCCUGGCCGUCCACACUGUUGAGGAGAGCGGUUCGAGUCCCUCCUGCGGCUGGGGGCUAGUCCCGGGGCAGGACUGCCACCACAGCCGCCAGAGCGGCCUUGUAAGGGAGCCAAGCUCCCAGGUCGGCCCCAGCGCCCUUCCAGCUCCUGCCACACCACGGCGGCACGACGGACCCCAAGUGACCCGGGGGCCUCCCCAGGCGGGCGCCCCGCCACCUCCCUGCCCUCCUCCACGGGCGCUUCUCCGGGGCUCCGCUGCAGCCAGGCUGGCCUCCCUCUGCCCGGCGCCUCUCCCUCGCGAAGCCCGUGCCCCGCCUCAGGAGCUCCCGCUCUCUCUGCCGGGUUUCUCUCCAGGACUUCUAGCACCACCUAAAGCCCUGUUACUCUGCUCUGCGGUCGGGGCUUCGGGAAGCUCCUCUCCGGGCCUCUGUCCCCAGCAGCAGGGCGUUCAAGCUCACGCGCACAUGGGCGCCGCGUGGGUGGCCCGGUGGGCGCCCUUCCCCCGUCCUCCCGGCCUCAGUGUGGGAACCUCCCGCCGGCGUCCCCUCCGAGGGGGAGCGAGGGCUCCUGCGCGUGCCCGUGACGCCUGCUCCUUUGCUCGGGGCUCUAGAACGCGGGCGCUGCUCGCCGCACACUACACCCCUGUGUCCCUGCUGCCCGAGAGGACGCGCCCCAGGAAGCAGCAGAUGGACUGGGCUCGCCUGUAAGGCCUGUGAAAGGUCUGAGGUUAAAAAAAGGAUUUUCUGUGCUGGACACCCUUGCAGACCCCAUUGUAAGACCCAGAAGAAUGCUACAUUUCUAACAAUUACGAACCUGAAGGUUCUGGGAGACCCUCCUGGUAAACAUCUACUUCAUUAAAUGGCCAGACUACAUCCCUGUUCUCAAGAUUGUGGAACUUCCUGGUUUUCUUGGCCUAUGAUAACAAUACAGUACCAAGUACUCACCGUACGUCCAGCAAGACAUUGUGAGAUGUACUAGUGCAGUUCAUCCUCAUCACAGAUCUCCAAUGUGAGAAUUUUACUGUUUCCCCAGGUAAGCUGCUGAGCAACAGAGGCGCAGGGAAUUCGCGGCUGUCCUCGCACAGCUGGCCAACUGCAGGGCCGGGAUCCAAACGCCCGCUGCCUGACUCCGGAGGCCACAGUGCCGGCCCACUGGACUUCUCCAUGAAGAGCAGCCGUUUUUAGCCAUCACCGAAUCCCUCCAGCAUGCAGACUAAGUAAUGCUUGGGUCGGAAGCCCAGGUUGCUGCUUGGCCUUCAAGGUUUGUGCCCUGCCCCUUGGAAGGAGCUUGCCCUCGAGGAAUUCCGCCAGCUGGAGGUCCGUCGGAGCACCUGCGACCUUCCCAAAUUCCCACGCUCAGGUGAUCCGCCAGGUGAUUCGGGGCUUCCUUGGCUCUGAUUCCUGCUUGGGACCGUGGUGUUCGGUCUGUUUAGUGCUUGGGUCUUCCUCUCACAUCAGAGAAAGGACUUUGCUCCACUCUUCUGACACGGCCUCUCUCUCAAACAGCUUCAGGAUCCGCUUUGCUCUGUUCCACAGCUGGGACGAAACGGUCUGGAGACCUAGAAGCGAUCUGAGUGUUGACAGUCCCUGCACCUGUGCAGGGCGCAUGAUGAGGUCUUGAAGGCACCUUCUCCCCUGCGCCAUGACCAAGACUGCUCACCUUUAGGAACAUGCCAAGUGAAGACUUUAUAAUUAUUUCUCAAAGUGACUGAAUGAAUCUUUGGGCUGUUCUCAAAGCUUCCGAAAAAGUUACAGUUCUGUACCAGGUAUUUGCAACAGUCAACAUGGUGAAUGCUGUCCUUUGGCCAUUUGAACUUAGCGGCAUCUAGGCCAGAGAUUUAUCCAGAUGCCACUGUCGCGCGUCAGUCCGAACCAGCCAGUGGAAUGCUGGCCACCCUUGUCCGCCCUCUUCACGUCCCAGCUGUGAUUAUCCUGGUCGGCAGGGAGGAGGGUGUCUCAUUCCCUGGUCUCCAUCCAGACUAUGCUAAAAACUUAAAAGACAAUUAUGAUUUGGCUUUUGCAAUUAAUUCAACAAAUACUUGUUAAGUAUAGAUUGUAGUAGUGUGGUAGGCUGUGGAGAUAAAAGAACAAUCAAUUAAUGAUGAUGAUAAUUAAUAUUUUUUACCUCUUCCCAUGCUAAGCUGUAAAAAUAUAUUUAUUUCAUUUGAUCCUUACAAUAUUAUUAUAAUUUCAUUAUGAUGCUCCUAUUAUGCUAUUUAUAAUUUUCCCAUUUUAUAAUGAAGUAACUGAGCUCCAGUAAAGUACUGUGCCUUGUUCAAAGUCACACAGUAAAUAUGUGGAGCAGCUGAAUUCUAACUCUGACUUCGGUCUGAACCCAGUGUCCUCACUUCAACCACUCCAGGCAGAUGGAUUCAGAGACUAGAGAUCAAAUAAAUGUGCACUAAAUAAUUUUAGUACUGUUUUUGUUUAAUCUUGACCCAUGAGUUUUAAAAAUCCCUUUUUGGUAAGUAUCGUUGAGCCCUGUCAGUGUGGGUGGGGUUGGAAGGUUCUGCUGUGCCAGGUCCAGAGGGCAGCCGAGCAUGCGUGGUGGCUCCAUCCCCAGCCGUAGUGGAGGCAUUGCUCCUGCAUCUAAACUCCAUACUAUUAUCUUUCCAAGGGUUCAUAAAAAAAAAAAAGAGAGAGAGAGAGAGAAACUGACUUUUUAAAAUACUGACUCAGGAGAACUAUAUCAAGUCAAGCUGCUUGAACAGUUUUAUAAAUACAUGCCAUGAAAACUGUCAAAUCCCAGAAUGAAGCUUACAAAUAAACUCAUAAUGAUUUUCAGUUUUCUUUUUUAGAAAAGUAACACUCAGUGGUAUAAAAACAUGGCUCUGCAUGUAAACUUAAAGACAAAUGAAAGAGCUGAGCAGCUUUACUUUGAAAAAAGGGAUCAAUAGCACUUGGGGCUCAGAUCAACUUGUAAACUCUCACCAUUUUUCCUAAACAAUAUUGCUGUUGAAAGAAAGCAGUUUAAAAAUCUUCUUUCCUUCACGUGCUUCAAGCCGAGAAGCAAACUGAUGUCAUAAAAAUUCUACCUAAAGUCAACUUCCAAUGCUGGCGUAAGGUCGUCAGAACCCUCCUGCAAGGAUAUUAUUUUAUGGGAAACUCCACUUCCACUAAAGGGAGCUGUAAGUAGAUUCUCCCCAGGUAAAGAGAGAAUGAAGAAAAAAAAUUCUGAAAGAUUUUGGUGUGUCAGUCCCUGAAACUGUGAUUUAAUUUUUCUAUAAUUAUGAAAAAAAAUCAAGCAUUAAAUAUAAAGAAUAACAAAUCAUCACCCAGGUAUCCACCACUCAAAUUCAUUAAAUGUUGGCAUUUUGGCCACAAUGUUAAAAAAUCUUUUUUAAAAGACAUGUCAGGUACCUGAGAUUGUUGAAGCCCAUAGUAUAUCCAUUUCUCAGUUUAUUUUCUUUCCUUCCACGACACCACCACUGUAAGUCCAGCAGGGGGUAUGGGGAGAAAUAUGUUUCCAGCCUGGGGCAAAUAGCCUUUGAAGGCAAAAUCAGUUAAAGGGAGCAAUAAAGUGAGAGAAACCCAUUUAUUGCUUACAAGCAGUCAUCCACUUCUGCUCACCAGUGUCUCUCACAACCCAGGUGCAAAAAGACCCCACCCAACCUCUCCGGUCCAGGUGCACGUUAACCCUCCAUCCCCUUUGUAAUCACCUACUGAUGUGGGGAUGGACUAAGGCCAGGUGACAGAUUCUGGAAAUACUGCAGUUUUACCCACAUCACUGUCUUAUAUUUAUAGCUUAUUAUAUCCAUAAAUAUUUUAUACUUUCAUCACAAAUGAUAUAUUCAUUAGCAAUAUAUUA